UGCAUUCUGUGGACUAGCGUCUGAAUUCCUGCUGGCUCUCUGACAGCCCUGUGGACACUGUAUUUCUGGGUGUUUUUAGAUCGAGUUCCUACUUGGCUGCCUGGUUUCACCAGAGACUCAGCCCCAAAGAGGAAGAAGCAAGAAGAACAUUCGCUUUGUUUAUAAGCAAGUGGUCUACACAGCGAGCAAAUCUCCAGGCAUCUGCAGAAGUGGGAAGCUUGUGAAGUUCAUAUGGUGGCUGACAGGGUGGGACAGACACGGACUUUUUUCUUGCUUUGCUGGCCAUGGAGAAUCUGUUGCCCCAGUCUAGAGUCUCUUACUUCAAAAAAUAUCCUCUCCAUGCCAUUAGGAAAUAUUUAUCGCUGCUGAUAAACCAAAGAGCGGAAGAACAGGUUGCACGUUUUCAAAAACUACCUAAUGGUGAAAAUGAAACAAUGAUUCCUGUGUUGACAUCAAAAAAGGCAAGCGAAUUACCAGUCAGUGAAGUUGCAAGCAUUCUCCAAGCUGAUCUUCAAAAUGGUCUGAACAAAAGUGAAGUUGGCCACAGACGAGCCUUCCAUGGCUGGAAUGAGUUUGAUAUCAGUGAAGGUGAACCAUUAUGGAAGAAGUAUAUUUCUCAGUUUAAAAAUCCCCUUAUUAUGCUGCUUCUGGUUUCUGCGGUCAUCAGUAUUUUAAUGCAUCAGUUUGAUGAUGCUGUCAGUAUCACUGUGGCAAUAGUUAUCGUCGUUACAGUUGCCUUUGUUCAGGAAUAUCGAUCAGAAAAAUCUCUUGAAGAACUGAGUAAACUUAUGCCACCAGAAUGCCAUUGUGUACGAGAAGGGAAAUUGGAGCAUACUCUUGCACGAGACUUGGUUCCUGGCGAUACUGUUUGCCUUUCUGUUGGCGACAGAGUUCCUGCCGACUUGCGCUUGUUUGAGGCUGUGGAUCUUUCCAUUGACGAGUCCAGCUUGACAGGGGAGACAACUCCUUGUUCUAAAGUGACAGCUCCUCAGCCUACUGAAAGUAAUGGAGCUCUUGCAUCAAGAAGUAACAUCGCCUUCAUGGGAACACUGGUCAGAUGUGGCAAAGCAAAGGGCAUUGUCAUUGGAACUGGAGAAAAUUCUGAAUUUGGGGAGGUUUUUAAAAUGAUGCAAGCAGAAGAAGCACCAAAAACUCCUCUACAGAAGAGCAUGGACCUCCUAGGAAAACAACUUUCCUUUUACUCCUUUGGUAUAAUAGGUAUCAUCAUGUUGGUUGGCUGGUUACUAGGAAAAGAUAUACUGGAAAUGUUUACUAUCAGUGUCAGUUUGGCUGUAGCAGCGAUACCUGAAGGUCUUCCCAUUGUGGUCACAGUGACUCUAGCCCUUGGUGUUAUGAGAAUGGUGAAGAAAAGGGCCAUUGUGAAAAAACUGCCUAUUGUGGAAACACUGGGGUGCUGUAAUGUGAUUUGUUCAGAUAAAACUGGCACAUUGACAAAGAAUGAAAUGACUGUUACUCACAUAUUUACUUCAGAUGGCCAGCAUGCAGAGGUUACUGGCGUUGGCUAUAAUCCAUUUGGGGAAGUGAUUGUUGAUGGUGAUGUUGUUCAUGGAUUCUAUAAUCCUUCUGUUAGCAGAAUUGUAGAGGCUGGCUCUGUGUGCAAUGAUGCUGAAAUUAGAAAUAACAGUCUUAUGGGGAAGCCCACAGAAGGAGCUUUAAUUGCUCUGGCAAUGAAGAUGGGUCUGGAUGGACUUCAGCAGGAUUAUAUCAGAAAAGCGGAAUAUCCUUUUAGCUCGGAACAAAAGUGGAUGGCUGUUAAGUGUGUACACCGAACACAGCAGGAUAGACCUGAGAUUUGUUUUAUGAAAGGUGCUUAUGAACAAGUGAUUAAGUAUUGUACUACAUACUACAGUAAAGGACAAACUUUGCCACUUACUCAGACUCAGAGAGAUCUCUACCAGCAGGAGAAGGCACGGAUGGGCUCUGCAGGGCUGAGAGUUCUUGCAUUGGCUUCUGGUCCUGAACUGGGACAGCUGAUGUUUCUUGGCCUGGUGGGAAUAAUUGAUCCUCCCAGAACUGGUGUGAAAGAAGCAGUUGCAACGCUCAUUGCCUCAGGAGUGUCCAUACAAAUGAUCACUGGCGACUCUCAGGAGACUGCAGUUGCUAUCGCUAGUCGUCUGGGUUUGUAUUCGAAAACUUCUCAAUCAGUUUCUGGAGAAGAACUAGAUGGAAUGGAUGUGCAGCAGCUUUCACAAAUAGUACCAAAGGUUGCAGUAUUUUACAGAGCAAGUCCAAGACACAAGAUGAAAAUCAUUAAGUCUCUUCAGAAGAACGGGUCUGUGGUAGCCAUGACAGGAGACGGAGUAAAUGAUGCAGUUGCUCUGAAGGCUGCAGACAUUGGAAUUGCGAUGGGCCAGACUGGGACAGAUGUUUGCAAAGAGGCAGCAGAUAUGAUCCUGGUGGACGACGACUUUCAAACCAUCAUGUCUGCAAUUGAAGAGGGUAAAGGAAUUUAUAAUAACAUUAAAAAUUUUGUUAGAUUCCAGCUGAGCACGAGUAUAGCAGCAUUAACUUUAAUCUCAUUGGCUACAUUAAUGAACUUUCCUAAUCCUCUCAAUGCCAUGCAGAUUUUAUGGAUCAAUAUUAUUAUGGAUGGACCUCCAGCUCAGAGCCUUGGAGUAGAACCAGUGGAUAAAGAUGUCAUUCGUAAACCUCCACGCAACUGGAAGGACAGCAUUUUGACUAAAAACCUAAUACUAAAAAUACUCGUUUCAUCAAUAAUAAUUGUUUGUGGGACAUUGUUUGUCUUCUGGCGGGAGCUAAGAGACAAUGUGAUAACUCCUCGAGAUACAACAAUGACUUUCACAUGCUUUGUAUUUUUUGACAUGUUCAAUGCACUAAGCUCCAGAUCCCAGACCAAAUCUGUGCUUGAAAUCGGACUCUGCAGUAAUAAAAUGUUUUGCUACGCAGUUCUUGGAUCCAUCAUGGGACAGUUACUAGUUAUUUAUUUUCCUCCACUUCAGAAAGUUUUUCAGACCGAGAGCCUAAGUAUCUUGGAUCUGCUGUUCCUUUUGGGUCUCACCUCUUCAGUGUGUGUAGUGUCAGAAAUAAUCAAGAAGGUCGAAAGGAGCAGGGAAAAGAUCCAGAAGCAUGUUAGUUCACCUUCGUCGUCUUUUCUUGAAGUAUGAUGCAUAUUGCAUUCUUUUAUUUGCAAACUAGGAAUUGCAGUCUGAAGAUCAAUCAGAAGGAAAAGGUCAAGAGGAUAAUGAAGAAAAGAGAACUUUUUAACUUUUCAGUUGAUAAAACUGAGCAUUACUGUUAAAGACUUGAUUCAAGACUUUAACCUGCUGGCAGUCCCAAAUGAAAUUAUGCAACUUUGAUAACAUACUCUGAUUUAAAUUGGUUUUUGCAAUUGAGUCGAACUUUAUAAAGCAUAUGGGCACUUAUUUAAUUUACAACGAAGAAGACAAUAGCAAAACCUGAACCACCUUCUGCACUUAAAGAGGUCUAACAGUACAAAGAUACUUAGAUAUAAAUAUUGUUUUUUAUUUUUAAAUAUUGUACUAUUUAUGGUGGUGGGGCUUUCUUACUAAUUCACAAAUAAAUUUAAUCGUUUCAGAGGCAUUCAAUAUGGUUUAAAGUUGAUUACCUGGAGGGCCAUCUAUCAGCUACUGUAUUUCCUUUUUCCUACAAUGUAAGCAGCGCAGAGAUCUUUUGUUACCACUUUUGUAUCAGAUUUGUUUCUGCACAGGAUGUGACCACUCAGAUCACUGUUCUUUUCUUUUUUUUGUGAUUGAAAAGCAUAUUCUGCAAUUCAGUUGAAGUUGCUUUUCUUAGUAAGUAUAAAUGGUUGCUUUUUUUUUUUUUUUUUUUUUUAAGGUUGAGUCUUUGGUCUUUUAAGAACUAACACAGGGUUUUCAUGUGGCAUUCUUGUUAUGGUAGUACUGUCUAAAUAACUUGGUCAUAGUGUCAAAAAUAUUUUAUUGGCUAAAGAUUAUAACAAAUCAUUUUAACAUGUUAAUAUGUCUUUUUUGAGUUAAAUACAAAUACAUUGUCAAGUACCACGUUGUCAUCCCCAAAAUACAAAUGCAAGUACCUCACCUUUAUAACUAAAUCUUAUUACUUAAGAUGUCUUUUCAAUUUUUCUCUUCAAGUUUCUCUCUUAGGAAAUAGAGUGCUAUACUUGAAAGAUUUAAAACAAACAAAACAGAAAGAAGCCUAAACCCAAGCAGAUAGAUGUCUGUGAACCAGGGUAUGUGAAAGAUUUUGUGUUGGCCAUGUUCAUUUUGUAUCUGCAGCUUCUUCCUUUGAGUCUUAUCAUUUUUCUUCCACAUUCAUUUUGUUUCAUUGACAUGCUAGGAGAAUUAAUGAAUUUGUUCUGUGUAAUGCCACCUUUUUUUUUUUGUAUAACUGGAGGAGAUGAACAUAAUUUGUUUUGAGUAUAUGGCAAGUUUUGGCCCCUGAUGCAAAAUUAGAAGUUCACUCUUGUUUUGAAUGUUUCUCUUUGAAGCAGCUCUCAAAUUCUUACAGGUUUAAAUCUUCUUGAAGUUAGUGACUGUUUGUAUUUUAUAAUGUCCAUUUUUUUUAAACUGUCAGGACAAAACAUUCUCUGGUUUUUAUAAACAAUAUUAAACUUUUAGUUAUCUGCACUGAUAUUGUUACUAAAUGACAAGGAAAAUGUUCUUUGAGUUCUUGUUACUGAAACAGUCAAAUCUAAGGAACUGAGAUGCCUGCAGUUUUAUUCUCCUUUUUCCUUAAUGACUGACUAGUCAAAGAUACAUCAUUCCUACUUAAAUAAAAGUGACAUAAAGUCA